CUCAUCUUAAUCAAACCAUGAAGUAAAAAAUGGAUAAUUUUUCAUUUCUUAUUGGUAUUCACCGUUAAACAAAUAUAAAUAUGUUGCGCCGUAAAAUUUCUACAACUUACACAGUAACAAAACAAACAAGACGUGGUACUUUAAGUAUGGCAAAUGGGAUGAUUUUACCACCAAAUAAAUGGGAAUUACAUGAUCCAUUCUUGAUGUGUGCUGAGGAUUGGUUUAGACAUCCAGGCGGCUUUGACUUACAUCCUCACAGAGGUUUCGAAACUGUGACGAUUGUGUUUGAUGGAUUAUUACGACAUCAAGAUUCUAAAGGAAACUCUAGUAUAAUUGGUCCAAGUAUGUUGCAAUGGACAACAACAGGACGCGGAUUAUUACAUAAGGAGGUUCCGGCAGAUAAAGAGACAAAUGUUCAUCUUAUGCAACUUUGGUUAAACCUUCCCAGAGAACAAAAAUUAAUUGAGGCAUCCUAUCAAGAUCUUACAAAAGAUAUCAUUCCAACACGAGAAAUAAAAAGUUCGAACAAAGCAGAAUCUUCUAAAGUUCAACAAACUGGAGAAGAGGAAGAAUUGGCGGCUAAGAUUCGAGUGAUUUCUGGCACAUCGGGGAACAUUAAGGGGCCCGCCAAAAAUAUUGUUCCUGUAAAAGCUUUAGAUAUUUCUAUUUUAGAACCAAAUUUCACAUUAGAAGAACCUAUACCAGCCAAUUAUAAUAUGUUCAUAUAUAUACUUGAAGGAAAUGGUUCUUUCGGUGAUGAUAAUACUAAGCUGCAAUCUGGAAAUGUAUUAAUUAGCUCUCCGUUAAGAAACGAUGAUUGUAAUGAAGAAUCAGUAUUGAAAAUCACAAAUGAGGGAGUAAAUGUAUUGAGGGUUAUUCUAUUUGCCGGGAAACCUAUUAGAGAACCCGUUGUACAACAUGGACCUUUCGUGGGAAAUGAAUGGGAUGAUAUUAUCAGGGCUCAAAAAGAUUUUUAUUUGGGUAAAUUUGCUGAGUUAUAACCAGUUUGAAAAUAUAUCUGCUACCCUGGUGGUAAUUUAUUAUUAUAGUAGUAUCGAUUCAUUUAAUUUACCAUAUCUUAAAAGAAGUGAAACCUAUUUCAAAAUAAUAAUUUGUUUGUAAUUCAAGUGUUUAAUUAAUAAAAUAUUUUAUAUAUUUAACCCUUUGAGUAUUAUAUAACGCUCUAUAAAUUUAAUUAAAAAAAUAUUAUGGUAAUUAAGUCACUUUUUGAAUAAAAUUUGUAAUCUUUAUCCUUCAUUACCAAAUUAUCUAUCCAAACCGAUAAGGCUUCAGCUUCGAUUAAAAAUAUUGGAUGAAAGUUAAUUAAUAUAUGCAACGUUGUGUUACUUGUGUAU